CCUCUCUGCUUGGCGAGCCCUCCUCUUGCUACACUGCUGCCAGUGUAACUGUCGUGAUCUGAUGGCACGCAAGCCUUGCUGCAGCUCUCAUGAAUAGGAAACAGGUAUUCCCACCUGCCCCCUUUUGAAUUGCAUCAAUUCUGAUUAUGAGCCAGAAAAAAGAAGAAGAAAUGGAGGACAGCUCCCCGCCGCUCUGUGUCACCUGCGGCCAAGCGCAUUUACCGGAAGAAAACCACUUGUACAGCUACACCGAAGAAGUAGAUGAUGAUCUGAUAUGCCACAUUUGCCUGCAACCUUUGCUUCAGCCAUUAGAUACACUCUGCGGUCACACCUUCUGCACAUCCUGCCUUACAAACUUCCUUGUGGAAAAAGACUUCUGCCCCAUGGACCGCAAGCUUGUGAUUCUCCAGACAUGCAGGAAGUCCAGCAUACUAGUGAAUAACCUCCUGGACAAGCUAAUGGUUAGCUGCCCUUUCACAGAACACUGCUCAGAAGUCAUGCAACGGGGUCACCUCGAACAGCAUUUCCAAACCCAAUGUAAAGGAGCAUCUCACUAUGGCCUUACCAAGGAACGGAAGAGGCGUUCCCAAGACUGCUCUCCAGACCACGGCUCCAGCUUAGCCGUGGCUGCCCUGGGCCCUGAGCUCUCAGCAGCUGCAGCCAUCGCCUUAAUGACAGAUGAGCCAGGGCUGGUGAACCCGGCCUUCAGCCCCACCUCAGAGGACAGCCAGCUGGGCAGCAGCCCCGGAGACCUGCACCGCAGCAACCGAAACAGAACUCGACACUUUGAACGCUCCACUAUAAGAAGCAGAUCUUUUAAAAAAAUAAACAAGGCGUUCAGUGUUCUUCGAAGGACAAAAAGUGGAAGUGCUGUUUCCAACCAGGCUGACCGUGAAAGGGAAACUGUUGGAAACUCUACUGCUGGAGAGGAAGGUUUUCCCAGGUUGUAUCACCUGAUUCCAGAUGGGGAAAUUACCUGCAUUAAAAUCAGCCGAACCGAUCCUCAUGAAAGUCUGGCCAUUAGGAUUGUGGGAGGCAGUGAGACCCCCUUGGUUCACAUUAUUAUACAGCACAUUUAUCGAGAUGGGGUAAUUGCCAGAGAUGGAAGAUUGCUGCCUGGAGACAUGAUACUAAAGGUAAAUGGCAUGGACAUCAAAAAUGUGCCUCACAACUAUGCCCUGUCAAUCCUGAAACAACCCUGCCACGUGCUCCGACUGACGGUGCUCCGAGAGCAGAGGUACCGAUGCCGAAACAGCGGACUUUCCCUUGAUGCUCCCUGCAAUAGGGAUGACAGCUUUCAUGUUGUGCUAAACAAAAGCAGUCCAGAUGAGCAGCUGGGAAUAAAGCUGGUUCGCAAGGCCGAUGAGCCGGGGGUAUUUAUUUUCAACUUGCUGGAAGGUGGCAUGGCUGCCCGUGACGGACAGCUUCAGGAGAACGACCGGGUGUUGGCCAUCAAUGGACACGACCAUCGGUACGGCAGUCCAGAGAGCGCAGCCCAGCUGAUACAGGCCAGCGAGAAGCAGGUUCACUUCAUCGUGUCGCGGCAGACCCGGCAGCAGACCCCCGACAUCUUGCAGGAGACGGGCUGGAGUUACAGUGGCAGUGGCCCCCAGCCCUGUCCCUCCGAGAGAAACAACCCCAGCAAGAGCACCUUUCACACUGUCACCUGUCAUGAGAAGGUGGUGGCUGUCCGGAAAGAUCACACAGAAUCGCUGGGAAUGACUGUAGCAGGCGGAGCAUCUAACCGGGAGUGGGAUUUGCCUAUCUAUGUGAUAAGUGUGGAACCUGGAGGAGUUAUCAGCAGAGACAGCAGGAUAAAAACAGGUGACAUCCUCCUGAACGUGAAUGGGAUUGACCUGACAGGAGUCAGCCGGAGUGAGGCCGUCGCCCUGCUGAAAAACACCAACUCAUCAGUGGUGCUCAAAGCCCUGGAGAUGAGAGCAUGCGAAGCCCAGGAGGAGCGGGAUCACCUGCCACCCCCUGAGGCGGUGCAGGCGACCUCUGAGAGCAGCAGCGAGUGGUCACCAUCCUGGGUUAUGUGGCUGGGGCUGCCACGGUAUUUGUACAGCUGCAAAGAAAUCGUAUUACGAAGAAAUACAUCUGGAAGUCUUGGCUUCAGCAUUGUAGGAGGUUAUGAAGAACUUACUGGAAACAAACCGUUCUUUAUCAAAUCCAUUGUUGGGGGAACACCAGCAUACAAUGAUGGCAGAAUUAGAUGCGGUGACAUCCUCCUUGCUGUCAACGGCAGGAACACAUCAGGAAUGAUGCAUGCCUGCUUGGCAAGGAUGCUCAAAGAACUGAAAGGAAAAAUUACUCUCACAAUUGUGUCCUGGCCUGGCACUUUUUUAUAAGACAAGUCUUUGUGGAGAGUAUGACAAGUAAUUUAACACAGGGGAAAAAAAAAGGAACAUCAGUCUUUGCUUUUUUGGGGGGCUCAAGUAUGUAUUUAUAAAGCAAAGGUUUGUGAAACUUCAACCUGCAUGUCAAGAAAAGUCAAGUUUAGGCAAAGCAGUAAAACCUGUCAGAAAGUCACUUCAGAGUGAUCUAAGCUACAGACUUAACUCUUUCCUUCCCUGUGUUCUUAAGGGGUUUUUGUUGUUUUUUUAUACAUAUAUAUAUAUAUCUAUUUAAUGCAUUAUAAUGAAAUUCAAGGAGCAACAGCUCCUGCUCACCCACUCUGUUUUGAUUUACAAAAAGAAAUCCAUGAAUAACUUAUGGAAACAUUUCUUGCAAUUUUUCUAGUUGCAAUAAUCAGGUGAAGGGUUUUAUCCAACACAUUAAUAGCACUUUGAUUUUGUGUACCUUUUCAUGGUCAGCAUGAAAGGUGGUAUUUUCAAGACUUUCAAGUACUGUUUGUUAGUCUGUAAAACUGUGAAUUAAAUUUCUAAAAUAAUUAAAUAUAAUUUUAACUGUG